AAUUUUUUGACAUUUUGAUACGACGGAAAGGAUUCGGCUUUAAGACCAAAAACCCGGAGAAUCUUUAGCACCGAAAUUCAGCGCCUUGCGUUGUCUUGUCAGAUAAUUCCGAUAUCCGUUGGACAGUUUCUCUCAAAUUCUUAGGGUUAGGGUUCCGAUUUCAAUUUCCAUCUCGUUCGCGCAAUUAGCAGACCUGAGCCCAGCAGCCUGCCGAGAUCAAUCCAACCAUGAAUCUUCCGGAGGAAAUCGAAGAUUACAUCAAAGAGUCGAUCGAUCACUGUUUAGGCCUCCCAGUGUCGGAGCAAACCCUUGAAUUGAAACUCCGUGCGUCUGAGGAGGCUCGAAGGGAACUUCAAGAUCAGUGCUUGCUGUUGCAGUCCAGAUUGAAGGAGAAGGACGAUCAGAUUGAGCUCGCUCGGGGAGAAGCAAGUAUGACUGCUCAGGCACUGAAGAAGUUUGUGGAAGAGAACCAGAAAUUGGCAGCCGAAUGUGUGGAUUUGUUGGCUCAGUGCAAGAAAUGGGAGGGGGAGUGCGCCCUCUAUGACAAAGACAGGGAGGCUUUAAUAGACUUCGGGAACGAGGCUGAUGAGAAGGCCAAGCAGGCCGAGGCUAGGGCUCGGCAUCUGGAGGAGGAGGUGCUGCGUUUAUCGGAUGAGUUGCGCAGCUACAAGCGAAAAUUGGCAGCACACGAGGAUGGUGGACCUGCAGAACGCAGGGUCAUGGAAGAGACUUUACUCGAAUCAGUCUUGGAAAUGGUUAACAAUGGUGGAUUCGUAUCUACUAACUCAUUCUUGGAUGGUGGAAAUGAAUCAUGUCAAAAAUUGUUGAACAUGUGGAACUUCUUAAGACCAGCAACGCAGAAAGUUCUUUCACUAGUUGCAGAGGCAAAGAAACUCGAGAAAGACAGGGAGCAUCUCAGGACUAAUCUCUCUAAAGCUGAAGAGGAGGCCAAAAUGCUCUUCAACGAGAAUAACAUUCUAAAUGAUGAAAACCAAAGGUUACUAAGGCAUUAUCGCAGGGUUGUUGGUUCUGGUGUGAAAAGCCCUGGAACUGCUUCAGCAAAGUCAAACAAACGAAAAUCGAGUACGAAGGUGACUAGCCGUGCCGAUGAGAAGAGACUAGAUUUUGGUGAUGUUGAACCAGUCAGAGCGCCUCUCUCGCCUUUGAAAUGCAACUCUCCAGACAACAGAAUGCAAAAGAGAAUCACUUCUCGAGAUUGAUCCUCUUGAACAUCCUUUUCGAUUUUUUGGGAUAUUCCUUAUAUCCCUAUUGCAAUGUAGUCAUGCAGAGAGUAGGACUUUGUGCCCUCAGAUGUUGCAAAAGUCGGAUUGUAUCUUCGAUUCAGAACUCUAGGAAGUUAGCAUUUUUCUCCUCCUGAAUUUGAGGUGAGGAGGAAUUCUCUUAUCAAAGUGACUGUUCAUUACCA